UACACAGCAGUAGCAAGUGUUUUGGAUAUCCGGAUUCUAAAAAUGGAGUUUAUUUAAUUUCGUAACAGCUGAUAUAGGCAGGCCCAGUAACUAGAAUCUAGUAGUAAACUAUAGGAUUAGUAAUGAAAUGUAUUGUAAUAAAUACAUUAAAUUUGUUUUUACGAGUGAACAACUCGGCAACAGAAGUCAAAUAUUGAACAAGCAACCAUUAAUUUAACAUGAAGAACAUUCUAGUGAUUUUAAUUCUCGUUAUAUCGAAUAUCGUAAGAGGAGAUAUAUAUCUUCACAAUCCAAGGGGAAGUAACAACCGUCUUGAUGAGGCGACUCGGGAAAGAGCGAAUGGCAAUAACAACUUCGACUCGCAGAACAACGACAGGGGCGGCUACAACGUGGGGUCACUGUACUACUAUCAAGGUUCUACGAUCUCGGUGGAAUGGACCAAUCAGCAUUCGUGUAACAACCCGAACAACCACUGUGAGCUGAUCUUACAAUACAUGUGUGCUGAUACUGUUCGGGACGGCGCCACCACGCAGUGAGUCACAUUUCAGCCACUUGUUGG